GUUGACUGGGUUCAGUAGAGCCUACGCGGAUAGAUUGGUCAAGUUAAGAAAAAGAAGAUAGAAAAACGAGUGACUGGUGAAAAGUAUUUAUAUAAGGUGCCAACUCUUCGGUGCUUCAGAGAAGAAAGCUAAGCAAUGGCUAGCCCACCAGAAAAACCAGUCGCGAACCCUCCAAAAAAAUCUGGGUGGAGCUGGUUCACGAGCUUUGAGUAUGACAAGGAGAAUGACGAACCAGGCCAUGCACGUAACGUUCUGCUAGUAGUUGCGGCGCUGAUCACUGCUGUGACAUUCCAAGCCGGGGUCAAUCCUCCGGGAGGUGUCUGGCAAGACAAUGGAAAGGGUCACACUGCAGGAAGAGCCAUUUACGCAACUCACCAGGUGCCGUUUUAUGUUUUCUUGAUAUCGAACACCUUGGCUCUUUCGAGUUCAAUCUUCAUAAUCGUAUUGCUUACUCAUAGGUUCCCUUUCCAUUUUGAGGUAAUGAUUGCCACACUUUCUAUGAUUGUGACUUAUGGCUCUGCUGUGUUUGCUGUGACCCCGAAGGAGUCGGUGAAAUUUCGUUACAUAUUGUUCACUGCUGCUCUGCCUUAUGUGUUGAGGUUCUUGUUCCAGUUGUUCAAGAAGAAUAGACAUAAUGUUCGUUUUAGGUGUCAAAACCGAUGUUCCGAUUGCUAAUCUUCUCAUUGUUGUCAGAAUUUGAGGUAUGCUAGUAGGGAUGGAGUUGCUAUAGAUUUAGUUUGUGUGUAAUCUGAAAUCAAUGGAGUUUUUAAGAGUAAGAGGAGGUAGGCCUUGCAAUGUAAUUAUAUCCUCAGCUCAGAGUCUAUGAUUCUCAAAGUAAUCUUAUGUUAUUAAAUUUUAGAUCUGUAUUUUGAUCAAA